AUGGUCUACUUUUGUGCUGUAUUUCGAUGUUCAAAUCGUUCAAAUCGUGAAAAGGGAAAAUCUUUUUUUCGUUUACCAAAAGUAGCUUGCAAUCAAGGCGAUGAUGGUAAGAUUUUAUCAAAAGAACGUAGAGAAAAAUGGAUAAAUGCCAUAAACAGAGUUGGUAACUAUCCUGAUAUCCUCCACACUCGAAUUUGCAGUGAUCAUUUUAUUACAGGAAAACCUGCUUCUCUUUUCUCACAGAAUGAUCCUGAUUGGGUUCCAUCCUUAAAUAUGGGGCACAAAAAGUUUAAGUUUGAGGUUGAGAAACCUAGAGAAAGAUACUUACGACACAAAAAUCGUUCAUUGUUAAAAAGUCGAAAUGAUUCUAUGUCUUUUAGAAACAGCAUCACUAUUUUAAACCCUUCUGAAGAUUCAAUCGUAGAUUUUCAAAUAGAGAAUUUUAAAAGGAGUGAAUCAAUUGUCUCAGAAAAUGUUACAAUAGAUUGUGAAAACUUAGUAGAUGCGAGUGUUCAAACUGAUAUGACCGUCAAAAACAUCAAUCAAAUAGAAACUGAGUUUAUAUAUAAAAACAAACUUAAUUAUGAUUUGCGUGCAAAUUUAGUCAAACUCCAUGUGGGAACUAUUGAAACUAAUUUCCUUUGCGAGUCAGGCUAUUUGUCAGUUGAUGUAAUAAUUAAAAAGCUUGAAUUCAGAGAUUGA